UUGAAAAGACGGGUAUUAAUCACCUGUAAUGUAAAGAAACUGAAAUCAUAAUCACCUCUACUUUAAACAUCGUCUGCUGAUUUUGCGCCGAAAGAUGUUUCGUCCUGUCCAUCCUCCUUUCCUCUAAUUUCGCAGCUCCCAAUGGCAAUAACGAAACUGACGCUCGCUAUAACAUCAAUUGCACAAUCAUAUUAAGCACACAACCGGGUUUUUUGUGUAUUCACAAAACAAAAUAAGAAUAAUACAAAGCCACAUGCGGAUAGCCCAAAUGGUCAUUGAUGGAAUGGGAUGGAGCAGUAUUUGGGAUUAGUGUUUAGGGGAAGAAAAGAAAAAAGAAACUGGAAUUUACGCAAAUGGGAGAUAAGUGUAAACAAAGUGGUAGGAAUCAAUCACAGAACCUAAGCUGAUUCUUGCACUGAAAAUAAAGGCUAGAAAGCUAGCGCUAUGGAACUGUCUGAGACAGAAUGAGUUGGAUAAUACUAAGCCACCACUAUUGGCUCCCAGAGACUGAAUGGAGUCAAAAAGCAUCGCCAGAAGUAAUGGCAUCGCUGUUUGAGCCGCGAAAGUAAGCUACGAUUUCAGAAACUAUUAGCUUCGCAGUGGACCGACAGUGUUUUUUUUUUUUUUGGGUUGAAAUAAAACACCACGCAAACGCGAUCUACUCUAUGCGGACUCUUCUUGGGGUUCCAAUGCCAAGUAAGUCUCGUUGCAAGUGUUCCUGCAUCUCCGGUGGAGGUGUGCUCCGUAGUCUUCUUCGUUGAUUCUGCUUGAGGCCAUGAUGCGCCAUCCUGUCAGCACAAAGCUUUUUUGCAGCUGCAUGCACUUCAAGGCCUCCAGACUCCGUUCAACCUGUAUUCUACUACUUAAAGUGCUCAUAGUGGGCAUUUAGGUCAAUUACUUUUACUUCCUGCAACUCAGGGUGCCAUAGCUUGUUCGUUAAUUUGAGAGCCUUCUCCUUUUGUUGUUGACACUAAUAGAAUUCUCCCUUCCUUUUUUCAAUUUUGGUCUGGUUUUAAAGUCUCUAGACCUGGAAAAUGCUUAAAACGGAGAAUUCCCAUAUUUCACUACUGGCAUUAUGUAUAAUUUUGAGCUCAUUUUGUUGCACCCAAGCUAGACAUCAUUCUCAUAAAUCACCUCAACCCGGGAAACAGAAUAACCAUAAUGCCACCAGUUACUUUGAUGUACGAAUAUUUGGGGGCAUUGGGGAUGGAAUAACAGAUGAUACAGAGGCAUUCAAGAUGGCGUGGGACACAGCCUGCCAAAGUGAAUCGGCAGUGAAUGUAAUACAUGUUCCCUCUGGUUUUUCCUUCAUCGUCCAGUCUACCAUCUUCACAGGCCCUUGCCGAGGUCGCUUGGUUGUAAAGGUUGAUGGGACUAUCAUGCCACCUGAUGGACCUGAAUCUUGGCCUGGGAACAUCACUCGGCGCCAAUGGCUUGUAUUUUACAGAAUCAACCCCAUGUCGCUUGAAGGAGGAGGCUUAAUAGAUGGGAGAGGAGAAAAAUGGUGGGACCUUCCCUGUAAGCCUCACAAGGGACCUCAGGGGACAACAUUGCCAGGGCGUUGUGAUAGCCCAGUUGCCAUAAGGUUCUUUAUGAGCUCAAAUUUGACUGUGAAAGGAGUGAGGAUCCAGAACAGCCCCCAGUUUCAUUUCAGAUUUGAUGGCUGCACAAACGUCCACGUUGAAUCAAUCCACAUAACAUCCCCGGCACUAAGUCCCAAUACAGACGGAAUUCACAUCGAAAAUACCAAGGACGUUAGAAUAUACAAUUCUGUGAUUUCUAAUGGCGACGACUGUGUGUCCAUUGGAACUGGUUGUUAUGAUGUGGAUAUCAAGAAUAUCUCAUGUGGACCUGGUCAUGGAAUAAGCAUUGGAAGUUUGGGGAAACGCAACACUCGAGCCUGUGUUAGGAACAUCAAGGUGAGGGAAUCGGUGAUCAAAGAGUCAGAUAAUGGGGUUAGAAUAAAGACGUGGCAAGGCGGAUCGGGAUCAGUAUUCAAAGUGUCAUUCAGUAACAUUGAGAUGGAGAGUGUGAAGAACCCCAUCAUAAUAGAUCAGUUCUACUGCGUCACUCAGGAUUGCACCAACAAGAGUUCAGCAGUGUUUGUAUCAGAUAUAGUGUACACCAACAUCAAGGGAAGCUACGAUGUUAGGAGCCCACCUAUGCGUUUUGCCUGUAGUGACUCAGUCCCCUGCACCCACCUAGCCCUCUCAGACAUAGAGCUUCAUCCUGCUCAACGAGACGCCGUGCUUGAUCCUUUCUGUUGGAAUGCUUAUGGAGAUUUGCAGACCCCCACAAUCCCACCCGUCACUUGCUUGCGUGAUAGGCUUCCUCGUUCCUUUUUACACAAUGACUUGGAUCGUUGCUGAUCCAAUCUUAUACCCGUUUCUAUAAUUGUGAAAGUGUUGUGUGUCCUUGUAUAAGUUACAGGCGAAUGAAUGUUAGGAGUUGAGUUUUAGAUGCUCCUCCCCCAACUAUUUGCUAAACUGUAUCUUGCAAUUAAUCAGGUUUGGAAUGGAAGUUUGGACUUGUUCACCCCUUCA